AUGACUGCUUCCGUUGAAGCACCGGCCACCGCACCGGUCGACCCUGGCCCAGUUGCAACGUCCCGCGUUCCUAAUGAUGUGCCACGAAUGCCGGCACCAGAACUACCGGAGGUUGUCCAGGGCAAUACGAAAUUUCCGCAACAACCUUCAGUAAGCAAUCAAAAUGGCGUUUGCGACGAUCCUUUCAAGCUCGACACCAAAUUCGCCUACUCCCCUCGGAAGAUCAAAGUAUUCACCAUUGGUGCUGGCUUCUCUGGACUGCUCAUGGCCCAUAAGUUCCAGCACAGAUUUCCAGAGAUGCGAGAUAUCGUUGAGCACACAAUUUUUGAGGCGCAUAGCGAGGUCGGCGGUACCUGGCUAGUCAACAACUAUCCCGGCGUGCAGUGCGAUGUUCCAGCGCACAUUUACGUGAGUGCCCUGCCUGAAAUCCUCCAAUACAUGAAAGACACAGUCAAGAAGUGGAAUCUUGAUCGUGAUCUUCAGUUGAACACCAAGGUUGCUGGCGCUGUAUGGCAGGAAGAGCUUGGCCAGUGGAAAGUUACGGUAGAACACCAGGGCGAACAGCGUGAUGAAUUCUGUCACGUCCUGAUCUCUGCACAAGGUGUACUUGUUCACGAAUCCUGGCCAGAUGUCCCGGGUCUACGAGAUUUUGAGGGCCACAUCACUCACUCCGCUCGCUGGGAUCACGAUUUUGACUACUCCAACAAACGGAUUGCUGUCAUUGGAAACGGCUCUUCUGGCAUUCAGAUCGUUCCUCAAAUGGCCAAGCUACCUGGCACCGACGUUCUGAACUUCAUCAGAGGACCUGCUUGGGUGUACUAUCGCGCGCCUCCAUCCAAGCACCUUGGAAGGGACGACCCGGACCCCAACCCACGAUACACUGACGAGGAGAGGAAGAGGUUUCAUGAUCCCGAGUACCAUCUCGAGCACAGGAAGGGAAUCAUUUCACGCACCAACAAGUCCUUCUACAUCUUCAGGAAGGGCGAGAACAACAAAGAGGGCAUGAGAUUGGCAGCAGCGCAGAUGGCAGAAAAGCUAGGCCAUGACCCCGAGCUGUGUGAGAAGCUUAUUCCAAAGUGGGAGUUGGGGUGCCGGCGCAUCACGCCUGGGCCUGGCUACCUCGAGUCAUUCUUGCGACCAAACUGCAACAUCACCAACAGUGCCAUCACCAGCGUUUCGAAAAAUGGUGUUCACACAGCCGAUGGCAAGUUCUAUGAUUGUGACGUCAUUGUCUGUGCGACGGGAUUUGACGUUUCCCAUCGUCCAAGAUAUCCAAUUGUCGGAAAGGGGAACAUCGACCUUGCCACAAGAUGGGCUGAGGACCCUGACUCCUAUGUCUCAGUUGCUGUCCCAGACUAUCCCAACUACUUCAUGAUGAUGGGACCCAACUGCCUAGGUGGUCAUGGGUCCUUAGUGGAGUCUCUGAACUGGACAGGAGACUACUUUGUGAAGUGGGUGAAGAAAAUGGCUACAGAGGACAUCAAAUAUGUUGAACCAAAGCAAGAGGUCGUGGAUGCAUUUAUCAAGUACAGCGACCAAGUACACAAGACACUCGUAUGGAGCGGUGGCUGCAAGAGUUGGUACAAGAGGAACCGUGUCGAUGGCAGGGUUACAGCUCUGUUCGGUGGCAGUGCUCACCUUUUCAACCGGAUGCUAAGCAACAUCCGCGGUGAAGAUUUCAACAUUUGCUAUCGUACAUCAAAUCCUUUUAGGUUCAUGGGCAACGGGUUUACAGAAUGGGAAAUGGAUUCAAAGAGCGACUUGUCUUGGUAUGUAGAGAAAGCCGAGGUUUUGGGCAAGGUUUGA